AUGUCCGAGAACCCGAGAGACGCUGCUGGGCUUGCUCCGGUGUCUAUAUUGGCAAAAAACGACAGUUCUUCUCGUGAAAUCACUGCUUACAAAGGGAAACUUGAAAAUGGUGACUAUGGGAGCGACAGAGCUCCUAGCUAUGGUCCUGCCGGAGAGUCAAUAUACGUGAACCCUCAGAAACUGCAAGUUUUGACCUCCGCCAAAAGUAAGGAGAAUGCUAGCCUCCUUGAACAAAGCAGCGAGAACACUCAAGACGUUGGUGAUCAUCAAGAGUUUGCCAAUGGGAAAGGCGUAAAUGGGGCAAGGCCGCCCGUAAGUACUCUAGGAACGGCUGUAUCGUUUACAAUGGCUAACAUUAAUGACAAGAUCUCACACAGAGGGUCAAUUUCAGCCAGGCCCUCAUCGGUGGCACUCCCUACUCAAGCGAGUGUCAACAAUAACAACAACAUCGGAGCUGGUGUAGUACAGGGCCUAUCAGGCCUUGCUAGCCGUCAGAACUCGAUAACUGGCAUUGGUUUCGAGAAUAGCGCGGCACCUUCACGCAAAAACUCUGUCCACAUGCCAGGGGAAUAUGUCUUCAUGGAGCCAAGGCUUCAAACUCCUUCUCCUUCCGGCGGCCACACUCCAGCCAGAAAACAGUCACACCAUCUCAACAAAGCUAUUAUUGAUUCUCAAAUGGGUCCUCAGCUUCCGUUCACUGACUUUUUUCAAAAGCAAGACGAUAAAAAAAUCCAUAUUUUGAUAGGAGCUACGGGAUCCGUUGCUACCAUUAAAGUGCCCGUAAUCAUUGACAAGCUUUUCAAGACAUAUGGUCCUGACAAGGUUUCCAUUCAACUAGUCGUCACUAAGCCGGCAGAGCAUUUUCUUCGUGGUCUAAAAAUAUCAACCGAUGUUAAAAUUUGGCGGGAUGAGGACGAGUGGUGCGGAUUCAAAAGGAUGGGUGAUCCUGUUCUACACACAGAGCUUCGUAGAUGGGCAGAUGUGUGUCUGAUUGCUCCACUAUCAGCGAACACAUUGGCCAAGCUGGCAUAUGGAAUUUGCGAUAAUCUGCUUACGUCGUUAUUACGCUGCUGGACACCCUCUACUCCCGUGUUAGCAGCACCAGCUAUGAACACAUUCAUGUAUACGCAUCCAUUGACCAAGAAACAUCUCGCUAUGCUUCAAGAAGAAUCACCGCACAUCACCGUUUUGAAGCCGGUAGAAAAGGUGCUAAUUUGCGGCGAUAUUGGAAUGGGUGGAAUGCGCGACUGGCAUGACAUCGUUGACAUCCUGACCAGGAAGCUUCACGAAAUUGUUGGCGAUGGUGCUGCUGAUCCUGUGGAAGACGACGAUGAAGAAGAAGACGAUGAUGAGGAGGGCGAUACGAACCUGCCCUAUGAAACAGAUUCUGAUGAUAGCGGCGUUGAUGGUCAAGACGACGACGAUGAGGAUGAUGUUGAGAAUGAUGAUGAGCACCACGGUCACAAAAAUUGA